AUGGGGAUGACGCGUCUCCUCCGCCAGCCCUUCUCCCACCCGGCUCUUCCCAGUGUCUCCUUCGCCUCCCGCACGAUCAUUGUCACGGGCGCCAAUGUCGGCCUCGGCCAUGCAGCCGCGGCGCACUUCGUACGACUGGGCGCCACUCGCGUUAUCGCGACGUGCCGCUCGGAAUCCAAGUGCGCGGCUACGCUGGCCGGCAUCGAGGAAGCCGCCGGCAGGAAGGGCGUCGUGCAAGUCUGGGAGCUCGAUUACAGCAGCUACGCGAGCGUCCAGGCCUUCUGCGCGAGGGCGGAUGCCGAGCUCGACCGGCUGGACGCCGUGGUCCUGAACGCGGGGGUCGCCACGCGCAUCUACGAGGUCGCCGAAGAGGACGAGAGUAGUCUCACGGUGAAUGUCGUGAGCACGACGCUGCUGGCGGCGCUGCUGCUACCUGUGCUGCGCCGCUCGGCGGACAGGUUCUCCUCGGAAAAUAACCUGACCGUCAUCAGCAGUGAGGUCCACCAGUGGGCCAAGUUCCCGGAGCGCGACGAGGCCAACAUCUUCGGGUCGAUGAGCGAUCCCAAGACCAAGACCAUGGCGGAGCGCUACCCCGCUUCGAAACUCCUGCAGGUGUUCGCGAUCCGGGAAAUAGCCGCACGAACACACGACAGCACGCCCUUCGUGACGGUCAACAUGGUCAGCCCGGGCCUGAACAAGACGUCGCUAACACGCUCGACGAAGGGCCUCGAGGCCGCUGUCAUAAAGAUUGUCAACGCUCUGCUCGCCUGGGAGCCUGACGUCGGGGCGCGCACGCUCGUGCAUGGCGUGGUUGCGGGUCGGGCGAGCCACGGGGUGCUGCUGGAUCAUUGUGAGCUCGAAAACGACGCACUCGCGCCAUGGAUCGAAACGGACGAAGGGAGGAGACUUCAGAGAAAGGUCUGGGCAGAGCUGGAGAGGAAGCUCGAGGCGAUCCGGCCGGGGUGCGUGGCGGCGAUGGAGGGGAAGGAGGCUUAG